AUGAUCAAUCUAUGGAGCCAGAGGAAAGAGGCGGAUGACGUGCGCAAAAAGCGACAGAAAAUAUCUCCAGCGCAGCUGCGUGUCCAAAAGGACGUGACUGAAUUGGCGCUGCCAAGCACGAUGCAGACGGCGUUUCCCGAUCCCACGGAUCUGAUGCAUUUCGCGCUUACAAUUUCGCCAGACGAGGGCAUGUACCGCGGUGGCGCAUUCCAAUUUAGCAUUUCGGUCGGCCAAAACUACCCUCACGAGCCACCUAAGGUAAAGUGCAUGCAAAAGAUUUACCACCCCAAUCUGGACUUGGACGGGAACGUGUGCCUCAACAUUUUGCGCGAGGAAUGGAAUCCGAUCUUGAACCUGAACUCGGUGCUGGUGGGGCUUCAGUUCUUGUUUCUCGAUCCCAAUCCCGACGACCCGCUAAACAAGGAGGGCAUUUCGUACGACCGUGUCAUGUAG